AUGGCUCUAGUUGCUUUAGUAAGUGUAUUUAUGGGUACAUCGGGACUUGUAGGACGUGUUAUUGCAACAUACGAAGAAUGCGUUCCCAAGCUUGGAAAAUAUUUAAAAGAUUGUUCUAUAAAGCUAGGUGACAAGUGUGGAGCGAGAAAUUUUUCGAGUUUGAUUGGAAAUUAUACCCCAUCGAUAGGCUGUUGCAACGAACUCGUUACAACGGGAAAAAAUUGUCAUGAGGAAUUUACAAAAUUUCUCAUAUCAAAAGAGCCCCAAGAAAAUCCAACUAAGAUUUCUACAAAGAGCCUCAAUGUUUGGAAUGAUUGUGUUGGUGUUGUAGCUCAAGCACCUUAUACGGCAUCCGAAGAAUCUAUGCCCGAAGCAUGA